UAUUAUCAGUUAAUCUGUGUAGUUAAUACUUAUUAUGUUGUGAACUUAAAAAUUGCGAAGUGUUUUUUCAACAUAUAAAAACUUUAUAAGUCAUUUUUAAAGUUAAGUUAUAUCAUUACUGUUAUUGAUUGUGCCUACAUAUCAAGUACAGUUUCAGUGUUGAUUGUUAUGAGAGAAGAAUAAAUAGUUUUUGAGUAAAGUUGGCUGGCUUAGAAAGGAUUGUAAAUUUCGAGUUCUUGAAGUUUCCAUGCUUUUCUACGCGGGAUGGACGAUUUACAGCAGCCUAGCACUUCAAAGUGUGGCCAGUAGAGCCACCAGCGGCCGAGGCUGCGGCCCUGAAUCAUGACGCGAUUCGGAGAUACCAGGUCGAACUCGAGCGCGGAGCCGGCAUUCGAGCUGACGGCAGGAGCGGGCGACGCCGGUGCGCCGCCGUGCGUUGAGACGGCUGGCGCAAUGCUCGCCGUUCCGUCGCAGACGCAUCUCGAUGCGCACCAGAACUCACGCAAGAGAAAGACACAAUAUUUGGAGACUUACGAGAUGCCAAGCUGCGACAUCCCUAUAUCAGCACCUUCGGUACCCGUACAGCAACCAGAGAGCGCUACUCGAAAGAGGAAAGUUUCGGUUUAUGCGACCAGCAGCACCUACGACGAUGACGGCACCGACGAUAACCGUUCCAAUCGAACUUUGCCCGACAAAAAGCAAAACCAUAGCGAGAUUGAAAAACGAAGACGCGAUAAAAUGAACACAUACAUAUCAGAGUUGAGCUCAAUGGUGCCUAUGUGUGGCGCAAUGGCCCGCAAGCUAGACAAGUUGACCGUGCUCCGUAUGGCCGUUCAGCACUUAAGAUCAGUACGCGGUGCACUUUCCGCGGGACCAUUGACAGUCAGACCGCGUCCCGCUUUUCUCUCAGAGCGAGAAUUGAACGCUCUGGUGCUCCACGCGGCUAAGGAUUGUUUCUUGAUGGUCGUUGGCUGCGAUCGCGGGAGGCUGCUUUAUGUUAGCGCCUCAGUUACGAGACUAUUGCAUUACGAUCAGUCCGAGUUACUCGGUCAGAGUCUCUUCGACAUCUUGCAUCCAAAGGACGUCGCUAAAGUUAAAGAGCAGCUCUCGUCCUCAGACCUCAGCCCUAGGGAGCGAUUAAUAGACGCCAAGACGAUGUUACCAGUAAAGGCGGACGUAGUGGCUGGAGCAUCACGUCUCUGUCCCGGCGCUCGACGCUCCUUUUUCUGUCGUAUAAAGUGUCGUAUGUCCAACAACCAAGGCAGCAGCACCGUUACCAACACGACGUGCCCGCAACCGAACCAAGUUAAGGAAGAGAGCGAAACCAACGCCAAAAUGAGGAAGAAACAAGCUCAUGAGAAGAAGUACUGCGUCGUGCAGUGUACAGGUUAUCUUAAGUCGUGGGCACCAGCAGAAAUGUCGGAAGCUGGUAAUGCGGCGGACGGCAAUCCGGAUGACGGGGACGCUUGCAACUUGUCCUGCCUCGUCGCUGUCGGCCGAGCGUUAACAGAUCUCACGCCUCAGGCGCCGCCCGCGCCCUACACCCGCUACGUGCAGUACAUAUCGAGGCACGCUACCGACGGGAAGUUCCUGUUCGUCGAUCAAAGGGUGACACUGGCGUUGGGUUUUCUGCCUCAAGAGCUUCUAGGCACAAGUCUAUAUGAAUACAUUAGCGCAGCAGAACUUGGUGCGGUCGCUCGCACCCAUAAAUCCGCACUUCUGAGGCGUGACGCUUUACGGACACCGCCAUAUUGUUUCCGGCGUAAAGAUGGUACAUAUGCAAGAAUCCAGACUCACUUCAAGCCUUUCAGGAAUCCAUGGACAAAAGACGUCGAGUGCCUCGUCGCUAAUAACACAUUGGUGACAGACGAGCAAGUGCAACCCCUACUAGAGGACUGCAGUUUCUUCGACAUAUACAAGCACAAAGCUGAUGUCGAAAUGCAGCGGUUGAUAGACUCACAGAUCGAGUCACACAAGAUAGGCUCCACAAUAGCCGAAGAGGCGCUCAGGAGAUCGUCCUCGGACUAUUCACCUGAGCUCUCGGCAGAUCUAUUGCAAGAUACGGUGUUUACACCACAAGGUUCGCUAGGCGAUAACUUUCUGGGAGUCGAUAUAUCAACUUACAACAACCAAGUACGGAACAACGUCCCGCUUAGCUCCGUCGGAGCUGAAGGAUCACCCAUACCAGAGGUGAAUGGCUUAUCUUCCACCAGUCCUCCAUCAACAUCCCCACCACUCCCGACUCUGGGUCUUGAUGGUAAUGGAGAAGCAGCUAUGGCAGUCAUAAUGAGUUUACUAGAAGCCGAUGCUGGACUAGGUGGUCCGGUCAACUUCUCCGGUCUACCUUGGCCGUUACCUUAAAAAAUCACUCUUUCAAGAGUAAUUUCCUAAGUCAAUUUUUCGUUGAUCUUUCUAUCAGACAGCAAUAUUGUUUUAAGUUUUGAUAAUUACUCUAAACUUGAUUAUAUUUUACUUAUUUCUAAUGUAAAACAGGCCUUAACUAAUGAAAUAUCGUUACUCUUUCUCUUACAGUUAAAUCUAUCUCUUAUGACUAGUUUCUGAAACGCCAAUCAGUUAGAUCAAUUAAUUUGACUUUAAACAGAAUGGUCAUUGGUCGAAGUUAACUGGGAACGCAAUAGACGACCAAUGAGAGUACAGUAUUUAGUCAGAUUACUUCAUUUAACUUCAGACAUUGGCAGUUUGUCUAUAAUGUUAUAUUAAUUGGACCAAAUUGUUUAUUUGUUAAGGUCGUUUUACAUUUAUUUUGCACAUCGCAUGGCCGAUACAAUUUUUAAAAUGUUUA